CGAAUGGUUGUGUGGCGUGUAUACUCACCUAUAUCAAUUCCAUUACAUAUUUAAAAUUGGUAGUUUUUUUAUGGUAUUUUAUCUGAGCACCAAAAUUACAUUGUUCCAGUAUAGCUGGUGAUAUUUGUUAUAAAAGAUUAUGGCCCACUGAAUUCCGAUGCAUCGUCGAAUUUGUUUGGUGUGAAAGACCGUCUUUGGAUGUGUUCAUGAAGCAUAACAUUUUGAUUCAUUAUAUAUUUCGACACAAAAGUACGUAGAGUCAUAGUCUUAUAAGAAUGGAUUUGUGUCACAUUCGAAGCAAAGCUGUUUCCCACUGCUAAGCCGAAGGGAAGUAGGUUGUGUUUGGUGGUACAUUGCGUUUCUCAAUGGUGAAUAUUGAUGUGUGUUACUGAAGUGUAUAUCCUUGUAUGUUAUUGAUUGAAGAUGAGUUCAUGUCUCAGAGCGUAUCAUUGCAGGUAAGCUACUGGCAUGAUCGUUGUCAAACGACGAUGAGAAUGCACGAGAGUUUGCAAUUACAUACAUAUAUAUACAUACAUUACAUAUAUACAUAAAUAUACCCGGUCAUGUCCCAAAAAAAACUGCAUACUGUUUGAUUUCAUGUAACGUAAAAGCUAUAAAAGCUAUCGCAAUGAAAUGCUGAUCAUUGCAUUCAGAAAGACUAACUUAGAUUUUGAUAUAUAGCACUUGAAUUUUCACGCAAUAUUGAGCGUGAUACGACCAAAAUAAAAAUAUUUAUUAUUUAACAAGUAUAACUAUACAUUGGUAAUUAUAUAAGAUUGUUCUAUGCUAAUUUUUGGCAUUUUCAGCUAAGAAGCCGAUGAUUACAGGAUGGACAGUAUAUACGAUUAAUUGAAUAAUUAGUAUUUUUGCACAAGUGAAUUAUAUAACAAAUCCUACAAGGUGAUUGGUCAAAUUUGACGUAUUAAGCUGUUGUAUUCACCUAUACAUGCAGGUGAAGUAACAAAACCGAAAUUUGCAAAGUGGCGGCUAGCUGUUUUGUGGAAGUUAGGCCCCUAAUUAAGAGGCUCCUGAAGGGGGGGGGGGGGCGUAUUCCCAUUUCCCAGCCCAAAUUUUGACUAAAUCCCAUUGUCUCAGUGGCUGUCCUGCUCAAAUUUUAAUCCCAUUCCCAUUUUCUAUUGUUUUUUGCUGAUGAGUCCCAGUGCAUGAAAUCCCAUUUUCCCACCCAAUGAUUAUCGAUUUUUAUUCACCGAUAAUCACCUCGCCUUCGGCGAAUAAUUAUUAAUUAUUCGCCCGAAGCCGGCCGAGGUGAUUAUUGGUGAAUAAAAACCGAGACGAAGUCGAGGUUUUUAUUCUCGAUAAUCACCGAGCCUGAGGUGAAUAAUUGUUUUAGUAUAAUUUUAUAGGUGAUUAUUUGGAAAAAAAUAAGAAAAAUACACAUUUCUUCGUCAUUUAAUUGACAAAACGGCUUCGGUCGCCAUUUCGAAAAUGGCGUAGGUGCCUUAUCGCAUUAUAAUCAUCUCGGCAACGGCAACCAAUCAGCAUGGAGAAUUUUCAAUAAUCACCUAUGUAAUUAUACUAAAGAGUAUUAACGUCUAUAUAUCAUGCAUUAAAAAAUAUGUAAAAUUCUAUAUAUUAACAAAAAUAUCUUCUAUUGAAUAGUGCGAAAAGAUUAAGUUGUGACUGGAUUUUUUAAUUCCUAAAAAAAAGUUUUAAAUACGGCGGGGCAAAGCUUUGGAAUAGGCUUUCUCGAGAAGCAAAAGAAGCACAAUCAAUUCAUAUUUUCAAACAAAAUAUUAAUCUUUGACUCGGUUAUACCAAUGUUAAUAUAAGGGUCACACCUCCUGUAUCCAGUUUCUAUAUUAAUACUUUGUAUAUAAAUUGACGACGCCCCUCAUGAAAACCAACUUAUGUUGAUAAGGCUAGCGUCGUGAAAUAGAUUUUUACGACGAUUUUUACGAAUACUGUUACUAUCAUAUGUUAUUUCUCUCUCAGAACGAAAACGAAGAUAGUAAUAUGUAUAUUUGCAAUUUGGCUCAUUCAAGCAACGUGGCUUGGUUUAUUCUCGACAGAAAUACCCCUGGAGCAGAAAAACGUGACAUUUUACGAGCAUUUGUCGGAAUCGUUGAUAACAACAGAAACUCUGAACAACUCACGAGGAAAACUUUUAAUUAUCCAGCAUACGGAAACAACGAACGGCGAUGUUAUAAAACUUAACCUAACUUUAGAUAUCAUUGACGUGAGCUUUCCGAAAGUAGUACGUCUAGGACCAUAUUCCUCAAGUAAUAGUAACAGCACGUCUAAAAAGUAUGCCUACGUGAUUGGACGCUAUUGGGAGCAAAUGACGCAAAGCAUGCGAGCUUUUUUAUCAUUGGUCUUGCAAGCAUCGUCCGCGGGUCGCAGUGUCGUCGCACCGAUGGUCAAAGACUCGCGUUUUCAAACAGCCGGCUUCCCAAUUGACUAUUAUUUUGAUAGAAAGUAUAUCAAGGAUAUUCUUGAGACCAGAGGUUACCCUGAUAUUGUAGACAGGCAAGAGUUCCUAAAGGAGUGUUCGCCCAAAGAUCCAAAUUACACAACAGUACAUUUUCUGUACGAUCAAGUAAAAGCCGGAACCUAUACUAAAAAUCUCUUCGAGCUGGACGAUGCGACCUACUCUAAUGUUAGCCUCCAAGCUAGAAAGAAUGGUUGGACACAGUGCUCGUUUAUUCAGAAGCUGACCAAACAAACGGGUUCCAAAAUGUUUUGCGUCGAUACAACCGUCAUUACAGACUGGGAGGUUUUUGAACGCGAUGUAAUAAAAUCUCCCAAAUGUUUGAGUAUCGUACUUUGGAGAGGCAUUGGAGAUACAUUUCGUGCAAGAUUUAAGGAAACCCGUUCAAAACUUUACACCCGCGAUUUCUUUCUUUCUCUCAAACCAAGCCAAGCGGUUAUGACCGAAGUUGAGAAGUUCCAAAGAAAAUUUCUCCAUGGUCAAAAAUACAUAGGUAUCCAAAUUCGCGGUGAGAGAGUCGCUAUUUUACGUGGAGUCGCGCACUUGGAACAGUGUAUCCAUCUCUUAGGCUAUGUACUCAAGUUAAUCAAAGGUUUUUUCAAUGUGGAUAAAGUAUACGUCGCUACAGAUAUGUCGAAAUUCGGGUCCAAGUCAUGGAAAGACUCUGUUAAGCGUGAUACGAUCACAGAUGAAACGCUGCGCAAACUCCAGGACUUGGUGUUGUCUGUAACGAACGGGGUCACUUUUGAGCAAGCCGCUGACAACGGUGAAACAUUUGAUCGCGGGCUCGUAGCUCUAGUCGAAGUGACGCUGAUAUCGCGGGCUCGGAGCCUACUGACUAUUGGUUAUUCGUCAUUCCACGAGUGGACGACUUCAAAAUUCCUAGAAUUUCAUCGUAACGAGUCGCCGACCACAUGGUCGCUAGUAAAAUUAUGUUUUGAGUGAGACAAUCUAACUCACUGGAUUUUAAGAAUCGAAGCAGUUUCUAUUAAUUGGAAUGUUCUUUCAAUAUUUGAUCAUAAAUUUUAAUAGAAAGAUG